CCUGCUCCCCCUCCACUACAAUUUAAAGUGAUCCAUCAUGGCGGCGAGAAAACGGAACGUGCACAAUCUGCCAACAUUGACAAAGGAAAAUGAGGAACUUGAAGACUUGUUUGUGUUUGGAUACGCAUGUAAAAUAUUCAAGGACGACGAGAAGGCGUUAUUUAUUGACAAAUGCAAGCACUUAAUCCCGUGGAUGGGCGACAGCAGCUUGAUGAUUGACAGGUACGAUGGAAGAGGUCACUUACAUGACCUUCGGCCCUAUGAUGCUGACUACCUGGACAGAUCAGAGCCGAUACAGGAGGAAGAGCAAAGGAUUCAAGCUCUGUGUGAUGAAGAGAGAUAUUUAGAACUUCACACGGAUGUUUCAGAGAAGGCAUUGUAUGAAGAGGAAGAAUUGAAAAGGUUAAACCAGGAACUGUCAGAGAACCGUUAUGAGGCAAUAGGAUUCAACUACGAUGGUGGCUAUGAUCCUGCCCAGCCGAGUGAUGAACAGGAGGGCAAAGAAGAAGAGGAAGAUGAUGAGGAACCAUUUAACCCACCAGAUGAUUUCAAGGCAAAAAUACCCCCAUCAAUCAUAUUGCCUUCUUCUGUGAAGCUUCAUGCUAUUAUUGAGAAGACGGCCAACUUUGUGGCUGAACAAGGAGGACAGUUUGAAAUAGUCAUCAAGACAAAACAGAAACACAAUGAACAAUUUGAAUUCAUGAACUUUGAGAACAAGCUGUUUCCAUAUUAUAAACAUCUCAUUAAACUGAUUAAAUCUGGGAAAUACAAGUCUAUAGAACUUCCGAAACCUAAAACCAAGAGGAGACAAAGUCACCUGGAGAGUGAGGAGGAUGAUGAACAUGACCACAGUGGCUACCUUCACCCCAGUCUUAUGGCUGCAAGGAAGCCAUCACCAGACACCACAUCUGCAACAAGUGUGCCAAAACCUGUUGUUCGUAUCAGUGAUACUGCAUAUGGGAAAUUACUCAGCAAGAUGUCCAAAACCUCGCGUUCAGGUAGCCCCAUGCCUGCAGAACCUUCUAACAGGGAAUCAAAAUCAGAUGGCAGCCAUGAAGGUGCAGGUGUUUCCUACAGCAAUGAAGUGGCACCACCUCCCAUGCCACCUUACAUGUCACAGGACUAUCACCAUAGCAGCUAUAUGCACCACCAUCACCACCACCACCACCAUCAUCAUCAUCACCAUCCUCAUCCUCAUCACUAUGACCACAGACUACCUCCACCCCCAGGAAUGGAACCAGUCACCCUGCCCUCUGACCAGCCCCCACCCCCAGGGACUGUCCCUGCAAAGUUACCACAGCCUGCAGAUACUGGUCCCCAGCAGGCUGCUGCAGGCCCCCAAAUUAUACCUCCGCCACCAGAUCUUCAGCCCAUCAUUGACAAGAUGGCUGACUAUGUUGCCAGGAAUGGAGAUGAGUUUGAGAAGACGGUGAAAGCCAAGGAUGAUCCCAGGUUUCAGUUUCUACAUCCGUGGCAUAUGCAUCACUCAUACUACCAGUACAAGAAGAAUGCUUAUGAAAAGGAAUUUGGGAUCAAAGAAACAGACAGAGGUCCUCCAAAAGCUAUUAGUUUUUCCAUUAAGGCCAAGGAGAAUGAGUCUGGUCCUCUAGAGAAGAAAAAAACUGCUGCCUUCCCUGUGGAUGAAAGUAGUGAUGAAGAUGGUGAAGGGAAGGACAAGGUAAGAACUACCAGUGGUACCCAGAGUGAGGAGGAGGACAUGACAAAGAUGCCUGUGCCUGAGCAGAUCACGGAGGACAGACCAGAGAGAACACCCAUAUCAGCAGAGGAAAUGGAACGGAGACAAGUGGAGUACAAGCUAAAAGAUAAGCUUGCUGCAGCUGCAAGGGAGCGUUUGUCUUGGGCAAGCAAAGAGAAACAGCUUCAGGUUGAAAGAAAGAGGAAAGCGGCCAUGUUUAUAAAUAUGCUAAAGAACAAUACCAUGUCUGCAACCCAGGGGGAAGGAGAUCUGGCAAGUAAGGAAGUCCCCUCUGCACCAGGCCAGCCCUCCCCAGUCAUCACACCACUAAGUAGCAGACAAAACAGUCCAGCGCCUGUCAUGGCUGCCAGGUCCCCAGUGCGAAAAACUUCCAGAUCUCCAAGUAAACUUAUCAAACGAUCUCUGUCACGAUCAAGGUCAAGGUCCAGAUCUCCGAAGAGGUCGAAAGCCAAAAAAAGGAAAUCAAGAUCUAGGUCUAAGUCCAGGUCACGGUCACACAAGUCUUCUCGAUCAAGAAAACGAUCAAGAUCAAAAAGCAGGAGAUCGCGCUCCAGGACAAGAAGAAAGAAAUCUAAAACCCCACCUAGUGCAUAUGCAGUUGUUAGACGCUCCAAGUCCCGGUCCCCCGGUAAAAAGAAGAGAAGAUCCCGUUCGAAGUCCAGAUCCCCUGGAAAGUCAAAAAAGAAAAACCGUCAUUCCAAGUCUAAGUCGAGAUCUCCUAGUCAUAGAAAAAGAAGAGCAUCAAAGUCCAAAUCUCCAGAGGCUCGUAAACUUCCUCUUUCCACCGGCAUGACCAGAAUACCGUCAUCAAGUUCCAUCAAGUCUGACCAAGCAAGGGAAUCAUUUGAUGAUGUGAUAUCCAGUGGACCCAGCAAUGCCAAUGGUGCUGAAAUCAUAUCCAAGGAAGCAAUAUUACCAACCUUAUCUGACUCCGAGGCCUCCCAUGGUUCCCCUGCCAAAAUGGCUGUCAGCAGAGAGGCCAGUUCCACAGCUAUCAUGUCAACAGAAGACACAUACUCUGAUGAGAUACUAAGUAAAGUCCGUGCCAUGCUUAAAAAAAACAGACAAGAUGCGUUGAAAGACGACAACAUUUUUACAGAUGAUGGAUGACAUUCACUUAUUCCCAAGGAAAAUUAGCAAGACUUAUAAUAAGAUUGUGGUUUGACGGUAUUUUUUGCAAGUAAUGUCACUUUAAAGACUGCUUGGUCCAUGAUAAGAGACGCCAUCUCAGUGCACGCAGGACAGAAGUACAGACAUAUUGUUGCACCAUUGAAGAUUGUAUGGUGCUUGAUGUCAUUCCUACACUAUAGUAUUUUCUGGAGAAAGUGUCAAAGUCAUUCCUGUAUAUCCUAUACCUAUGUCUGUCAAUUGAUGGAAGAUAAAAGGGACAUGAAAGCACCCAGAGUCUGUGAGAAAGACUCCCCUUGACUGCCUUUGAUUCUGUUUGAACAGAACACCUUUUACAUUGUAGAGGUCAUUAUAUUGGAGAAGUGGUUGAGUUAAAACUGUGUCUGUGAACGCUAAUUAUGCCUGUGUGCAUAGGAGUGAUGGGUGUUACUGGGGGUGCAUACAUUGUACAAAUUGGUGCUGCCAGAAAUCAAUAAAUUGUCCCCAACCUGUAUUAAACAAGGUCAUUUUUCUACAUUUUGAAAAGGGAAUGUACACCUUAGAGUGUAAAUUAACUUAUUGGUAACUUCUGGGAAAAAAGCAUGCAUGCCUUUGUGCACAUCAAUCUGAAGAAAAGUAUCAAAUUGCUGCUUUAUUUCACCAGCAAGGGGCCUUAUUUAUGCCAUGACUAGACAAGCUACCUUGGACACCACAAUUCACAGUUGCUACUUGCAUCAUUAUAGAGAUCAGUGAUAGUCUUGCAUCAUGACCUCUUCCAGGCACAUUUGAUUGCCCCAUUUCAUGAACAUGCAAGUACCUCAAGGCAGCUGAUCAAAAAACCUUACUUUUAGGAUCAAGGAAAAAUUGUAUUAUUCUGACUUUUUUCAGUGAAUGAGUUUUUCUUGGUAAAUUUUAAUUGGUUUGGUUGUUUGGAGUGGACAUUUAUCAAAGAGGUAACUUAGGCCAGUUCAUUACUUUGUCUCCACAAUUUUGUAGAAGAAACUUUGCUGGCCUUUCAUGAUAUUUAAGUCGGUGAACCUGUGGGCAUAUCAGACGUCUGUAUGACUAUGGUAUCGGAUUGUGUUACUGGUAGCUGUCAUGAAUAUUUAAUGAUGUGGUAAUGCUAAAGGAUGCCUUGUUUUUCAUAAUCUCACAUCGCUGUCAUUUAAAGGUUUCAAUUAAAUAAUCCAUGACAGCCGUAAGUGGUGAAUUUUUUCACUGAACUUUGGUGGGU